GCUGAGAGUGGAGAGACGGUUUCGGUGCUUGAAAGGGUUCGCAUUGCUUGCGGAUGAAGAAUCGGGUCAACCAUUCUCAUCUCCUCUUCUCUGCAUCAAAACCCUAGUUUCUCCAUUUUAACCCCAUUCCUCAAUCUCACUAAUCAUCCACUUUCUCUUUCGCAUCAAUUUUUUGAUUUCCGACACCGAAACAUUCUUCAAUCGGAUUUUGAAUCGGGAAACUUAUCUUCAAUCGAAGCGAUCAAAGACUCCGGCUUUUCUUAUUCAGAUUUCGUCUUACUCUUGCAGCGUCUUGAAUGGUAGAAACAACUCCGAUUACCAGAGAAUUUAUGCUCUCCCAUUGCACCACCGCAAGGGCGAGCUUUCUCCUCCGCGUCUCCGCCGCAUCAUCUGCUUUCACAUUUGGCUCUUGCAAGGAAGGCUGGUACUUUCGCUGCAUCGGCGUCGACCCUUGAAGAACUAAAAAAAAAACUCACAUCAGAGUAUCUGAUUCCUUGGUUUUUUGCAUUAAAGAUUUGUUUUUUUGGUUAAUAUGUUGCUGUAUAUCAAUAAGCAGAAGAAAAACCAGAAAUUGAAGAUAAACAGGUUCCUCGUUAGCAUAAGUUUCCUAGGAAGUGCUGGGCCGAUUCGCUUUGUAGUCAGAGAAGAUGAAACUGUAGCCAACGUGAUUGAUUAUGCUCUCAGAUGCUAUGCUCGUGAAGGAAGGCUUCCACUUCUCGGAUCAGAUUCCAGCUUUUUCCUACUUUACUGUCCUUACUCUGCAGCUGAAGCAAUCAAUCCAUGGGGGAAAAUCGGUUUAACUGGAUCAAGGAGCUUCGUUCUGUCAAAGAAGUCAGAAGCUCAAAACCAUGGAAGCUCUGUGGAAACGACAACAAUCCGGAAGAUCUCUGGGAGAUGGAAGGCAUGGCUCAACAAGUCUCUAGGCCUUAUGGUUCCUUCACAUUAGAUUGAAGUUUUUUUUGGAUUUCUGAACUUCUGUUUUUUUUUUGGUUUUUUCUUGUCAGAGGAAUAAGCAUCGCAAGUGUUGUAUUUUGCCACAGAAU